AUGGCAAGGGAAGUAGACUUGAAGAAGAUUGAAUUGAAAGUGUCUGCUAACUGCUGUGAAGGGUGCAAGAAAAAGGUGAAGAGGGCAUUAGGAAGGAUUGAAGGUGUUCUGAAGCUGGAUAUAGACACUUUGCAGCCCAAAGUAACAGUGUUAGGCAACGUGAAUCCACAAAUAUUAAUCAAAAGGCUUUUAAAAGUUGGAAAGCAUGCAGAACUCUGCAGAUACGAGGAAUUUGAAGCAGGAAAGAAAGAGGCAGGAAUAGCAGCCAUAACGAGAGAGGCAGAAAAACAAAACAAUGGGCAUCGGGAAGAAAAGCAGGUCGAUUCAGAUGACAUUAAAAUUGAGAAAGCUAGGGAAAUCAGAGAAGGGGGAAGCAGAGGCAAGAACCAAGAUCCAAGAAAGGAAAACAAGGAAUCGAAAUCUAACAUGACAGCAAAUAUUUUCAGUUCGCCUCAAGAUAUGAAGCAGGAAAAUCCUCUUAUGCCUCAUCCGGAGUCAGAUUUCGAUGUUCAACCACAAGUUGAUUUCAGGGUUCAUCCGAGCAUGCAUCCACACAGUAACAUCAAAAUUCAUCCUCAGCACUGUUACAUUGCUCAGCCUUGCGCAGUGGCAGUUCCCUAUUAUGCAAUACCUUCAUAUCCAGCGCCUCCCAUUGAAGGAUAUUGCCAUCUUGACAAAUCAAGCUUUCAACCACCGUUCCUGAGACCGGCUGAACGAGUGGGGGACUAUUUCAGUGAUGAGAACACCAUGGGAUGCCAUGUGAUGUGA